AUGCACUCUUCGACCUCCUUGGCCGUCUUAGCGACUCUGGUACUGUCCAUGACAGGGGCCAGUUUAGCAGACACUCCGACGUAUCAGCCAUGCCCACUACUUCGAGCCUACUACCCUGCUCCAAGCAUUGAUCAGAACUCUGAGGAGAUGAAGUCGUUCACGGACCAAUUCACCAAGUUAUUCGAUCAACUCAUUCAGAAAGGAGGAUCGGAUGACUUUGGCGACAUUACACCGAAUACUACUUCUUUCUCGGUUGUUUUGUUCUCAGGCUCCGACGAGUCUGAGGAGAAUCCUGUCUUUUUCGAAUAUCAUCAUACGGCAUCUGAAGCCCCCAAGGAUUCGAGCCUAGACUCCGACACUAUUUUCCCACUCGGCACACUAAGUCAACUCUUCACAGUCUAUGCUUGGCUCGUGGAAGCUGGCGAUGAGCAUUGGGGGACACCGAUUACUCAGUUUAUCCCAGAAAUAGACAAUGUGUCCACUGGAUUGGCAGUCAAGUGGGAUGAGAUCACCAUCGGGGCAUUGGCUGGCCAGAUGUCCGGCCUUGCAAGGGAUUCGUUCGCUUGUAGGUUGGAUGAGGCCUGCGCCCGCAACGACUUCGUUGAGAAGUUCGCUACACAGUCACCGCUGUUUCUCCCUGAUACAACUCCGGUGAUAUUGAACGCUGCUUUCCAGCUCCUUGCUUUUGCGCUUGAAGCCCAUAAAGCCGGCAACCGAUCUGCGAAUUUCGAUCAAAUCCUCGAUACGGCAAUCUUCAGACCGCUUAACAUGACCAAUAGCGGACUUCUGGCCCAGAAUAAGAAAGUCUUCGCAGACGGCCUCAAUACGUCGGCUAUCGGAGAACCUGGCGCGCUAUCUGUCAUUUCUACCGCCUCAGACCUUGCACGUGCUGGCCAUUCCAUGCUAAGUUCACGCCUCAUCCCCAAAGCCGCGACACGUCGUUGGCUCCAACCCGUCGCCGAUACAUCAAACUUGCGAAAUGGUGUUGGUCGCCCAUGGGAGAUCUACCACGCGGGCCAGUAUGCGAACAGCUCCAUCCUCGAUGUCUACACUAAGACAGGCCUGAUUGGCCACUACGCAAGCUACUUUGGUCUGGCCCCAGACUUCAACGCAGGCUUCGCUAUUCUUGCUCAUGAUACCGCAGCUGCCAGAGGACCCGACUUGAAUGUCUACGCUGACAUUGUCUCUCUUGCAAUUGUGCAGUUGCAGAAACUCGCAGCUGCAGAGGCGAAAGCAAGAUACGUUGGAUCCUUCGAUGGGCCUGCAGGGUCAGCAAGCUUCAACGUCUCGAGUGAUGGCCCUGGGCUCAUUGUGACAUCGCUAAGGAAGGGCGAUGUUGAUAUCCGGAAUGAGAUUGCGACCUCCGCUGGCAUCAAACUUGAGAAUCUUGAUUUUCGUCUUUACCCUAGCAACGUGAUGACUGAAGCUCAGCAUCAGUUUGUCGCCGUAUUCCAGGACAAGAGCGCGCCCGUUGAUAUGGGCACACCCACUUGCAUCACUUGGCAAGAUGUUGGCUCUCUGGGAUCCAGUGUGGACGUCCAGUUUGUGUUCGAUAUGGCCCACACAGGGAAAGCUUCAAAAGUGACGUUUGACGGUGGCUCAAUUACUCUUCCAAGGUCUGGCUGA